AUGUCCGGAGAGGAGCCCCCAAGCACCGACAUUAUCACCCUCACCCGCCAUGUCUUGAACGACCAAUUCAGCCUCGGGCCAGCUGCAACUGGCGAUCUCACACUCCUCCUCACCGCCAUCCAGACUACAUCCAAGUUCAUCGCCACCAACGUCCGCAAAGCGCGUCUCAUCAACCUCGUCGGUCUCGCCGGCGAGACCAACGUUCAGGGCGAGGAACAGAAGAAACUUGACGUCCUGUCCAAUGACAUCAUGGUCAACUCCCUCCGCGCCUCCGGCAAGACCGCCGUCCUGGUCUCUGAGGAGCUCGAGGAGGCCAUCAUCAUCGAGGACAGGUACAAGGGCAGCUACUGCGUCGUCUUCGACCCCCUGGACGGCAGCAGCAACAUCGAUGCUGGUGUGAACAUUGGCACCAUCUUUGGUAUAUACCGCAUCAAACCUGGGUCUAAAGGCUCUCUUGAGGACGUGCUAAGACCAGGCAGUGAGAUGGUCGCAGCCGGAUAUACCAUGUAUGGCUCGUCCGCGAAUCUCGUACUCACAACCGGCCAUGGGGUCAACGGCUACACUCUCGACGCAUCGCUCGGAGAAUUCAUUCUGACGCACCCCGACAUCAAGAUUCCUCCGCGCGGCAAGAUCUAUUCUUUCAACGAAGGCAAUUCGAUGUACUUCAACCCACCGGUGAUCAACUAUCUGAACAGUAUCAAGUACCCGCAGUCUGGCAAGUCGCCCUACAGCGCGCGGUACAUCGGCUCCAUGGUGGCGGAUGUGCACCGCACACUUCUCUACGGCGGCAUCUUCGGCUAUCCUGCUGACAAGAAAUCAAAGAGCGGCAAGCUGCGCAUCCUGUAUGAAGCCUUCCCGAUGGCGUUCUUGACCGAACAAGCUGGCGGGCUCGCGACGACGGGUACUCAGCGUAUCUUGGACAUCAUCCCCACCAGCAUCCACCAACGGUGCCCUGUGUUCCUGGGCAGCAAAGAUGACGUAGAGGACGUCAUCAAAUUCCAUGAGCAGGUGAAUGGAUCGGUCUGA